AUUUAGUCGAGGGGCUAGAUGACCUUGUUGAAAGACUCAUCUACAAUCAGAGUGGGAUAAAUAUGACAUCUGCCCUGGAGAAUGCCAAAAAAAUGUUGGACCAGAUUAUUUCCAGGAACUUUUCUGCUGCAGACCAGGCUGCAAAACUGGAGAACAGAUUAGCAGAGUUGCUGUCAGAAAGAACUCGUGAACUUGAGCUGGCAAAUAUAAAUAGCACAAAUAUAGAAAGCAAACUUGAUGAAAUGAAGAGACGAUUACAAGAUCUUGUAAAUCAAACUGGGAAAGCAAGUGAUACUGCAGCUGAGGCUCUUGAAAAGAUAAGGCAGUUAAAGGACCUACUGAGAAAACUGACAGAAAUCAAGAAUGAAAUUAAAAAGCUACAUGAAAGCUCAGAGGAUACUCUGAAUGAAGCUAGAGAUCUCCUAACUAGGGCAGAUAUGAAUCUUGCAGCAACAAUCGGAAAUAAUGAAGGACUGGACAUGGCAUUAGAUGAACUAGCAAGGAAGGUGACUAACCUGCGAGGAGCUCUUCCUAGACUGAGACAACUGGCUAAAGAUGCUCUUCGCCAUGCAGAUGAUCUAAACAAUCAAGCAGAGAAACUGGAUGCGCUGUUUGCUGGCACCAGGUACUUGUCAGAGAAUGCUGUGAAGGCAGCAAAUGCUUACAAAAGCAUAGUUGAUGCCAUUAAUGAAGCCAAGAAGUCUGCCAAUGAGGCACUGAUUGCUGCUAAUGAAUCUGCUGAGAUUGCUAAAGUAAAAGACUUAAAAGAGGAAGUUAUACGACUAAUCAGAAAGAGUGAAGCUCAAGACAGGGAGGCAACAAGUCUGCUGAACACUGCAAGAGAUUUAGCAAACAAUUUGUCAAGAGUGCAGAGUGAACUGAAUGAUGCAGCAUCAAACUUAAAGAAAGGCAGAAAUAUUUUAGAUGAAAUUAAACGGAAGCUGGACCUUCUGCCAUCAGAUAUCCGUACCAGACUUGCUGAACUAGAUACAAGAAAUACUGACACAGAGAAAACUAUCAGAGAUGCACUAGCACUUGUGAAAAGGAUAAACAACACUGAGCUUGAUUCAAAGAUGGAUGAGGUCACUAACCUUGAUAUCAGAGCUUUUAACUUUGAAAUUGGAACUGAAAUUGCAAGAGUUAAAGGCUUUGCUGAAGACAUCAAGCAGGUGCUAGAACUAGAGCGCAAGGUUGAUGAUAAGACCAAAGUUGUAAACAGGAAAUUGGCAGACCUGAGUGAAGAUCUGGAAAGACUGAGAGCAAAAAUUAGAGAUGCUCAAAGCAGAGUAAAUGAUAUGAAAAUGUCUUUGCAAGCAGAUGGUCAGUGUUACAGAUCGUAUCGCUCACCUCUACAGCCUAGUUCAACCAAUGAGAUCCGCUUCAGCUUCACACUCAAUCACUCGGUGUCAGACAUGUUGAUUCUUCUGUUACAGCAGUCUCCACAGGAGUUUAUAGCAGCAGAGAUUAGAAACCAAGAGGUUCGUCUGAGUUGGAAUUCUGGGAAAGGCAGAGGUUCAGUAGCACAUGACCAACCAUUAAAAACAGACACCUGGUAUCAAGUACUUGCCAGACGGGUUGGAUCUGUUGGCCAGCUUAGAGUAUGGAGUCUAGAAGAAGGAACUGAGCAGUCUGCCAGACAAAAAGUUGCUAGCAUGGGUGCUGGAUGUUCUCUCAUGAAUCUCAACAAUGGAUCAUCAAUUUUCUUGGCUGGAUCUAAUGAUCUUUACCAGAUUCCCAGUGACAUCACCAGACAGAAUUUCACUGGCUGCCUUGGUGAUGUGUUUAUUGAUGGUAGCAGACUUGGUGUAUACAACUUCAAGACUAAUAUAGCAGAACACUGUGGUGCCUGCAAAGAAGUACCACGGGUAAAGAUAGGCUCCAGCAAAGUUUAUGUCUUUGGUGGCAGAGGGUUUGCCAGAUUCGAUGUGCGAGCGUACAGUUCCACCAGAACCAAAGUGGAGCUGGAGUUUAAAACAUUUUGGGAAGAUUCUAGAAUAUUCUUUGUAGGAAAUACUCAAAAAGGUGACUACCUUUCCCUAGAACUGAAAGGAGGUCUAGUUUUUGUACAUUUUUAUAUGGGUGGAGUUAGUGCAACUCACGGUCACACAAACAAUACGUACAACAACAACAAGUGGACAAAAAUCACAUUUGACAGAAGGAAUCUAAACGCUAUAUUGAAAGUGGAAAAUGAGAGUGUAAAUUUGGUAUCACCUGGCCCUAAUACUGGAUUAGAUUUGGCUGGUGCCCCUAUGUACUUUGGUGGAGUGCCUACAACACUGAAAGAGGAAAGUUUCAAAGAGCUAAACAGAAGUGAUUUCUUUUUUGGCUGCAUGCGUAACCUUCACUUUGGGACACUUCCUCCUGAUGAUGAUACCAGCACUCUUGUCAAUGUACAGUCUAGUUCAUCGUGUAGGGAAAAUGGUAUUCAUACUGUAGGUUUCAAAGGAGAUGGCUAUCUGCUUUUACAGAGUGAGCAUUUAGAUUUUGCAGAUGAGAAAAAUGACAUCUCACUAACUUUUGUCACAAACCGAGAAGAUGCUAUCCUGUUCAUUGCCAGAGACAUAGCAGCUGAGAACUAUUAUUCGAUGUCAUUGUCAAAUGGUCAACUUGUAGCUGGUGUUAUGGCAGAAGGCAUGGAACCUCAGGAUAUCAAGUCAGUUAAAAAGUUUAAUGAUGGAAAUAUGCACUGUGCAUCUUUGAUCAAGGAUGAAGGGAUUCUGGAGUUGGUUGUUGAUGAUGAAGUCAUAGGCAGCACAGAAGUUCAAAGUGUCAACUUCAACAAAGCUGGUAACCUCUACCUGGGAGGAAUUCCCACUGCUGGUGGUCAUGUUGCUGCAGCAGGCAAGAAUAUGGAUGGCUGUAUCAGUGAUGUCAUCGUUAAUGGAGUGUUGCUUUCUAUGAGUGAUGCCAUACAGUAUAAGAGAGCAGAUGUUGGUCGAUGCCACUUGGAUGCCAAACAAAACUUACCUGUUGUUGCACCUAGGGAUGAUAAUGAGCCUACAAUCACAACUCUGCUGCCAGCUGCAGACACUCCUGCAGCCGAUGAUCCACAGGCAUGUGCAAGUGAAAAAGUCCUUGCGUUUGAAGUAGAUGCCAAGUCAGUUGCAAACAGCCUAACUUUCUUUGCAGAUAUUACCAAAGUUCGAACAGAAGAUGUUGCCAGAAAUUUCAAUUUUUCUUUCGACUUCCGCACGUUCUACCCUGAUGGUCUCUUUGGCUACCUUGUAAACAAGGACAGGUCAUUUUAUUUUGGUAUCCAGCUUCACAACAGGAGACUUGAGGUUGCCUAUAGGUAUGAUGAGGUACCCUACACGAUAGUGUUUACAAAGGCACUGAAUGAUGGACACUGGCAUUCGGUAUUUGUGGAGAAAUCUGGUAUUCUUCUUACUGCUAGCUUUGACAAAGAGGCAUCUAAAAGUGACUCAAUUGAUGAACUACUGGAUAUUGAACUGCCUUUACACCUGGGAGGGCCACAGCUGCCUGAAAACUUUACAGAAUACAACAUACCUUUAGUGAACCACAGCGUCAGGGGGUGCAUCAGAUCUCUGAAAGUGAAUGGAAGAAAUAUCAACAUCACAGACACCCAGGUAAUCCAGGAUGUCAGUGGCUGCUACAAGAAUGUGGAACCUGGAGCCUUCUUUGAUGGAGAGUCUUGGGGGGCUUUUGGUUCUGACUUUGUUCUGGAGCCAAGAUACACCAUGAGUAUGGAUUUAAGAACAACAAGCAAAACAGGCGUUCUGUUAUCAGCAAGUUCUCGGUACGGAUUUGGCUUCACACUGGAGUUACAUGAUGGCAAGAUAAAGUUAGGCCUCAAGAAUGCAGAUGGUGAAUUUCGUUCAGAAACAACCAAUGAGAAUAUGUUCCUGUUUUGUGACAACAAAUGGCAUCAGGUUAGAGCAUCUGUGUUUGAUGGAGAACUGACGGUGGCAGUAGAUGGAGAGUAUAUAGGGAUUAGCAAAAUAGAUGGGACGCCAACCAGAAUGAUCACGGACUAUCCACUGUUUAUUGGAGGAUUUCCAGAAAAAUUUCUGCAACCAGCCAGUUUGUCUGCAGACAUGUUCAUUGGUUGUAUACGAAAUCUUUCUCUAAAUGGAACCACCGUAGACUGGUAUGCUCUUCCAAAUAUGAAAGGAAUCAGGAAGACAGCUUGCCCUAUUUCCUGA